AGGGACGGGGCCGCGCUACCCUCGGCGUCCGCAGGCUUGAUUAAAAUAUUUCAAGCCUAAUGGCCUCUGGCAUAAACAAGAUUCAUCAGCCCGGGACUUGCAGUGGAUCUAAAGCCGCUCGCAGCAGCUCGGCAGAGGGAUGCAAUCAGGAUAUGCACAUGAAAAUGUGCAAGAAGAUUGCCCAGCUCACUAAGGUGAUAUAUGCCCUGAACGCUAAAAAUGAUGAGCAUGAGGCUAGUAUACAGGCUCUGAGAGAGGCUCAUGAAGAAGAAAUUCAGCACAUUGUUGCUGAGACAAGGGAAACGAUUCUCCAGUGUAAAAGCAAAGUUGAAGAAGAACAAUUGCUGAGAAAACGUAUUCAGGCCCUUGAAAUUGCAGUAGAACAACACAAGAGACUAAAGGAGGAGGCCUUGGCAGAGUUAACAUUGUGCAAGAAGCAGGUGGAAGAGAGGGAGUGGAGAACAGAGGGGAAACAAGCACAGACUGUCCUUUCUACAGACACGGCAGAUACCAAUGCAGACUUUGAAAACAAGCUUCUACAUUUAAAUCAGGAGUGUGAUGGACUGCUAAAUGAAUGCACAGCAUCUAGGAGAGCAAAUUUAGGCAAAAAAGUAAUUUUAGAGGAAAAAUACAGUGUGAAAGGACAAGCUUUAAUAAAUGAGAUGGAAAACCUGAAGAGUGAGAACCAGCAAGCAACUGAAGAAUAUACUCAGAAAACAAGCAAACUACAAGCCUCUUACAAGAGAAAAAAAGAGGAUUUGAAAAAUGCUAUGCAGCAAUCUGUGACAGAAACAAAGAACUGUCAGCAAAGAGAAAUGGAGCAAAGGAAGAGCUUAGAGGCUGAGGAAGGUUUUUUGCUGCAGCACGUAAAGAAGCUGGAGGCAGACGUAGAAGAGAAAAGCCAAAAGAUAAAUGAGAGGAAGAAGCAUUCCCAGAAGCUGAAGGAGAGAAUACAGGAGCUCCAGACACAGCUAGAGGAAUUUAAAAGAAAAUCUGAGUGUGAACUAAAACAACUAGAGAAAGAGAAAGAAGUCCUAACUGGGAAACUUCAAAACUCUUCACUUGAGGUGGCUCAGCUGAAGCAAAUAUUAGAUCAGCAAGCAAAUAAUUUCAAGGAGUCACUGAAGAAACAUAAUCUACAGUCCAACAAAGAAAAAGAGAAGCUUUUGCAGGAUCUUCAAAACACCAUCAAAGAAAACCAGAAUGUUAAACUGCAGCUGGAGGCAUCACAUCAAAAAGUCUUAAAAAUAUUGGAGAAAAGCAAAAAUCAGGAACUCAAGGAGGCAGAAGAACGUUUGAAAAAGGAAUUUAAUGAGACUUUCAAGAUCCAACAUCAGUCUCAUAGGCUGGAAAUACAAACCUUGGAAGAGAAAGCAAAGAAAGAAUUACACGAUGAACUCGAGCAGAUACAGAAGCAGCAAACCCUGUUGCUAGGAUCUCUAAGGAUGGAACUCUCUGAACAACAGACAUCAUGCACUAAUCUCAAGAAACAAAUAGAAGACCUCCAAAUGGAGCUGAGGAAUGUGAGGACACUGAAGAAGCAACAGGAAGGAAGUAGCCAGAGCCAGAUCAAAUGUCUUCAUGAUGAACUGGAAAAAUGUCAGAGUGAGAUUUCUGAACUCAAGAAAGAGAAUUUACUUCUGAAGGACACAAUGGAGCUACUCAGUGCUGAGUUGGAGUCGCAGAAGCAAGAAGCUACACAGCUUCAGGACAGGGAGAAACAGCACAGAAGACUUAAAGAAUUAGAAGAAGAGUCAAGAAAAUGGGAGUCCAGAUCAGAAGAUACACACCUUAUAAGCUCUCUGCAAGACAAAUUAAGUGAGAGGGAAGAGAUUAUCAAGCAGCUGGUGGAAGGAAGAAAAUUUCAGCAUUCACUUUUAGGCAACACUGAAUCUUACAGGAAUCGAUCAUUUUCUUUCAACCCUAAUACAGGAUGCUUGACUCCUUCCAUGAAGCAGAAGAAAACAGUUGAGGUGCCCAGUCGUGUCGUCAGCGUUCCGAAUUUAGCUUCCUACGCAAAGAGCUUUUUGAGCUGUGACUUGAGGUCAAAAAGAAGUGCUCCUCAAAUAACAAAAUCUACAAGCUUAGACCGGAGCCCUGGCUGCCUCAGGGUCGGCUCUCCAUCAGCACAGUCCUCAGACAGCAGUGCUGCCACAAGGACACAUGGCAAUGAACCACCACAAACCAAAGAUGACAAAAAACAAGACCCUCAGCAACAAGAAUGGUUUACUAAAUAUUUUUCAUUUUAAAGCAAACUAUUUCCAUACUUCUCAGAGUUACUAGAAUAGCUCUUCCUGUUUUCUUUUAGGGAAUGAUUAUCCAAUGUAUGAUUUAGAAAGAAAAAAAAAUUGUUAAUUUCCAAGUAAAUAAUUAGGAAAAACUGCAGUCUCUUACAUCUAAAUGCUAUGGAGUUAUAGGCAUGGAUUUCAGAAAAAGGCAUUUUUUUUAACAACCUGUGUAAAAAAUGAAGACAAAGCAAAAUUCUGGAUAAUGUUACGUAAAGAGACUUUUUAAUCAAGAGACUGUACCACUCCACAAUUACAUUAAAUAUGCAGUUUGGUCUCUGGUAUGUCCUGUCUAUCUGGCUCCAGCUGAAAAAAAAUCUUACUUCUGUAGGUGAUUUCUGUCGGUUCAUACAUUUGCUUCAUCAGCUGUUUAAAAUAAUUUCUGCCUAUAAUAAUGUAAUUUUUAAAGUUUUUAAUAGGUUUUUUGUUAAACUUCUAUUAAGCUGUGCAGCAUGCAGUAUACCUCUAAGAACAGCAUGCUUAUAGCAGGCUGGUUUAGAAAUACUUUCUGGUUUGCUCAAUAAACUGUUUUGUAUAGUCAGCGUUGUAAUAUAAUAAUCCUGUUGCACUUCAAUACAUGUAACCAUCACCGUGAUGAAUUAGGGUAACAUGUAAGUAUGAACAUUAAAACUUGCUUGUAAAUCAUCCAUUUCUAUGUUUUUGCAAAAUACUGCUAUGUUAUGCUGAAGCAUGAGUCAGACCAAUACACUCAAGAGUUCCAGAUUUAUGGGAAUGCGUACUUGUACAUUUGAUCUCGAUAUUGUUCUUAGGCCCACCUAAAUGCAAAGCAGGCGAAGGACUGCAUUUGUCAGAUCAUGCCAGCUAACUCAUUACCGGGAAGGAAGACACCCAUGAAGAAAUUAACCCUCAGGUAAUUCAUCAACAAAUGUGAAAGGCAGAGCAUUGUGCAACCAGCAGCCUGGUGCUUAGGACAGAAUAUUUCAUCUUCAACUGCUGUAUGAUCUGAAUCCCUAUUUAAUUACAACCAGCUGAGCCCAGCUACGUAACAAAUUUUACAUGUGCGAAGAGGCAUACCUCCAGCCAAACCUCUUCUUAUAUCGAACAGCCAGCAAGAACUGUACCAACAGAUGCAAAACAGCCACUGCACCUCACCCAUUGUAAAAAGGUGGCAGACGGGGCAGAAUGCUUCUACAGGACAAUACUGUCAUCCCAGCUGUCCAGCACUUUUUCCAAGAUGAACUGCUUGGUUUGGAGGGAGACUUUGGCAUCAGAUUUAGCAAGAAGACACUUUUUAUACACAUAAUCAAGAAGGGGAUAAAAUGGUGCACAGUAACACUGAGGAGUGCCGUGGUUAUCUGUGAGAGGAUCAGGAAUGUACAGGGCUAAGUUUUUCAUGAGAGUUUUCAUCCACUCUGCUCCAAAAACUUUUAAAGCAUGCUACAAACUUCAAUACACAAUUACUAAUUCUAAUUUCCAGGGUUACGAUAUUCUAAUUAGUUACCUCUGUCCCCAGAAAGGUGUCCCUAGAAAGUGGCUUCUUGCCUUGUAAUACAGAGACAGGAUUCCUUUGCUAUUUCUACCUCUAAAAUCUUUUUUUUUUGGCUACAUUUAGUUUUUUAAAUAGUGCACCCCAGUAGAAGCUAAUUCUGCAGACUGGACAGUGAUGAUAACCCAACAUCCACUAUGAGUGGUCUUUAUUUUGGUGAUGGGUACUUUGAACCAGCUCUACACUAGCCUGACCGAUAGACCACCAGUAACACUGGGCCUGCAUUACAUACCCCCCCAGGGUGCAUUUUGCAGUUUCAUUUCAUCCUGUAAGAAUCCAAUUUGUGUAUCCCGAGACCUCUCCAUGAGGUGAGCAAAAGUCCAGUGGAGAUGGACAAUUCACUUCAAAAAAAAAAAAGUACUCUUGAUCUGACCUAGAUACAGACAAUUCUAAGGGUGCUUCUACAGUGGUUCCGAAGGACAAUUACUGGAUCACAAAACAUUUAAAUCUUCCAGUAAAACCAAACAGUAACCUUUGAAAGUAUUUUCAUUGUACCAGAAAAGAUAUAGUUAGGGGAAAGCUAGGGCCCCCCUUUCUAGAAGGAACAGGAUGUGUUCUGGAAAACACACUUCUACCAGAGAGCACCCCGAAUAGCAACUCUGCAUAUUUUCCAUUGAAAUAUAAAACCAGUCCACAUUUUUGGGAAAAAAAAAAUAUAUAUAUAUAAUUUAUUUUGCUUCGUUGUCGUAACUAUUUA